GAGAAACACCUUGGCAUCGAGAAAAAGGAGAGACGACUGCCACGCAAAUCCGUUUACUUCCGCCAGCAACCACCCACAAUUCGCUUCGCGAUCGGCAUUGCGUUUGUUGUCCUGCUGGUUAUAUACCUGCCACUGCAGAGCGCACUGGUUGCGUAUCUGGGGUGGGGGAGGACGCAGCGCAUCAUAUUUGCGUCCAUCUUGAUUGCUGUCCUUGUGGCACUUCCGUUGAUGGCAUUGCCCGUUUCGUGCCUUGAGAGGAGGGAGACACAACGGGAGGAGGAUGACUGCGGUGGGACGGAGAGACCGAGUGCGGGUGAUGAGGUGGCGAACGAGCGUGCGGCGGCUGGUGGUCCCCCGAAGAAGGUGGAGACGGACGUCGACUACAUUGCGCCGCAGUACCAGACGACCUUUCUCCAGAACCUGAAAACGCUGAAGUUGUGGGCUUUUCUCUGUAGCUUUUUCUGUAUUGCGGGCUCUGGGUUUGUGAUCAUCUACAAUGCCAGCUUUCUCUACGCCGCGCUUGCUGACGAAGAGGUGGACAACGCCAUCAAAACGCUUCUCACGGUGCUGAACGGGGUGGGAAGUGCGGCGGGUCGGCUACUGAUGAGCUACUUCGAGGUCUGGUCGCAGAAACGCAAGGCCGAGGACAGGGUUUCGAUUGUCGUUUCUGUCUAUUUGGCUGAUGUGUUCGUGAUCCUGUCGCUGGUUUUAUUCCUCGUGGUGCCCAGGGCUGCACUGCCGCUGCCGUACUUAUUGUGUGCCAUUGGCAACGGUUUCAGUGCAGCCUCCCUUGUGUUGGUUUCUCGGACUGUUUUUGCAAAGGACCCCGCCAAGCACUACAAUUUUAUUUUCCUUGCGUUAGUGAGUUCUACAGUCUUCCUGAACCGCCUUCUGUACGGCGAGUGGUACACGCGGGAGGCAAGAAGGCGAGGUGUUGAUGUUUGCCUGGAUUGUGCUUGUGUGCAGCUCCCGUUGCUUGUGAUGCUUGGAUUCAACGUGACGGCCUUCAUAUCCAACGCCUAUGUGCACUGGGAGUACGUGAAAUUUAAUCGUCAGGUGUUGGAUGAGCGGCGUCGCCUCUUUGAGGAGCAGCAAGAAGGCGGGGGUUUAUGGGCCUGA